AUGAAUAAUAAUGUAAUAUUAUCCUCGACAGUUUUACCUGUUGAUUAUAAUUUAUCCUUAAGAACUACUAAUGCUACAACAAUAGCCAUAUCGAGUACAAUAAAAAAUUGCAAUGUAUCAUUACAAUAUAAAUUUAUUGAACAUAUAGUUUAUUUGUAUGUUAUGUCACCAUUAUGUCUUAUUGGGCUCAUAUUAAAUGUUAUCAAUUUAAUUGUUUUUUCUGAUCCAUCAUUUAAAAAUUUAACAUUUAAAUAUUUACGUCUUAUUGCAUUUGUUGAUUGUAUAACAUGUAUACUUGUUUUUAUUUAUUGUAUUACGAAUUAUACUCGACCACGUACAUUGAAUGAUAAAUAUUUUCGUAUAUGGUAUUUAGUUAAUGUUUAUUUUCCGUUAGCAAAUAUAACUGCGGCAUGUAAUGUUUUAUUAACAAUAACAGUAACUAUUGAAAGACUUGUUAGUGUACGUUGGCCAAUGGACAAACAACGUUUAUUUAGUUCUAAUCGUAUAUUAAUAACGUUAUUUAUUUGUUUUUUAUUUCCAAUUCUUGCGAAUUCAAUUAAUUUUCUUGUUUAUAAAGUAGGUGAAUGUAAUAACCUUUCAUUAACGUCCAUAGCGAAAACGACAGCAUAUGAAUAUUUUGGCAUGUGUAAAGAAAUUCUUCUACGUUUUAUUCCCAUAUGUAUUCUUGUAUUUUCGAAUUGUCUUUUACUAUCAACUGUACAUGCGGCUAACAAAAAAUUUAAAUCACACAAAAGACCUUUACAAUCAAUAUCAAAAAUACCGGCAGCCACAACGACGACAACAACAACAACAGUUUUUCGUCCAUCAGUAUCAAAUGGUUGUGAUACAACACCAAUUAAUAAAUAUCUAUCUGAAUCACAAUCUCAAACAGAUAAUCUUUUAUCAAGAUCAUUAUCAUGUGAAUCAACGUUGCCAACGAAUGUUAAACAGAAAACAUUGUCUUUUCCAAUCAAAUUAUUUAGUAAAAUCCAUUCAAGAAAACAACAACAAGAACGACAAUUAACCAUAAUGCUUGUUUGGUUAUCAACACUUUACUUAUGUGGGCAAAUCCCGAUGUUAUUCGCUUAUCCAAACUUUGUUUUUAAAGAUGUAAGCAAAUCAUCAUAUAAAUAUUAUGCACUUGUUGUUAAUUUACUCGAAUUAACAACUUACUUGGCAAAUUUUUUUAUUUAUGUAAGAUUUACUUCACAAUUUCAACAAGUAUUUCGUACCAAGGUUGAACGUAUCGUUUUUUGUUUUGUAAGAAAUUAA